AUGACAACCCGCGCUGCGUUUAUUUCAGUCCCUUGGCGUAAGAUAAAACAGAGCAGCCCAGAAGAGGCGGGGUCCCGGCUCUGCGGGUACCAGUGGAUAAGCCACUGUAGGCGGCUCUCACCAACCUCUGCGCAGCGACCCUCCUCCUACCCCGCGGUCCUCCGCGCAGCGUUUCACCCGCGGCAACGCCGCAGCACUCCCAGCUCCCGCCCGCUGGCACCCACGCGACCUGAAGCUCGACUCGGCCCGGCCGCCCCAGAACAGCCCCCGCCCGUCCCUGCCGCGGAGCUUCAUGGGAGAUGUGGUCCAGCGGCGCCGCAGAAUGCAGCCCACGGAAACUACAGUACCCAGCGGGCCAGGGAGGCAACGGAGGUUUGGUGUCGCUGGGCAUUUGCGGUAAUUCAUCUCUCUUGUGGCGGGGGAGACGGGGUGCGCACCCAGUCCAGUGGGUGUCUGUCUGCGCUACGGAGCACGGUGUACUGGUCCCGCCUCGCGACGGCGGGGCUGUGGUGCCGUGGUCCCUGCGGUUUGGGUCUCUUUGGAGUCAGUAAAGGACUGCUCCCAGACAUGUACCCGCAGGCAGCCGCCCCAGCCGACUCUCGGGCCCUAAGGGAUCACAACGUCUUUCGGUUCCUUACCCGCAGGGCCCACGGCUUUUUUGCCAGGGACGCUGGUGUCAGCUACAGGAAAAACCUGGGACUCCUGAGGAAGCUAAUAUGUCAGGAAAGUACUAAAUUCAAGAAUGUUUGGACUACUCAUUCUGCAUCUCCUAUUGCAUAUGAAAGAGGAAGAAUUUACUUAGACAAUUACCAGUGCUGUAUUAGCAGCAUUGCACAAGAACCAAGAAUACUUUAUCAAAAGCCAAAGUGUUCUAAGUCAGAAAAAAUAGAAGAUGCUUUAUUAUUGGAAUGCCCAUUGGGGGAAAUGCUGCCAAGUCCAUCAGACUAUAAAUCUUCCCUUAUAGUCUUGACAGUGCGGAACUGGCUUCUACGUCUCUCUGCUGAUAGUGGAGAAAUACUGGAAAAAAUAUACCUUGCUGAUUCCUAUUGCAAAUUCAGGUAUCUGAGCUGGGAUACUCCGCAAGAGGUAAUGGUUGUAAAGUCAGCUCAGAAUAAGCUCCCUGCAGCAGCACGGCAGGCAGGUAUCCAAGAGUCUGUAUUGUUCUAUCUCGCUGUAUUCCAAGUUUUGCCUCUUUCUUUCAUUGGAAUGCUAGAAAUAAACAAAAAGAUAUUUGGUAAUAGUGUGACAGAUGUUGCUGUCUCUAAUGGAAUCCUGAUUGUAAUGUAUAGCAUGGGUCUGGUUAGGCUCUAUAAUUUCCAGACGAUCUUGGAACAGUUCAUGGAACAGCCAUUUGAUUUGGGACAUGAAUUCAACUGGAAUGGUCAAGCAGGAGUUGUAGGAAAGUAUCCUUUUGGUCUUCCACGUAACAUAAAAAUAACAGAUACCCCACCUUUGCUAUUUGAAGCAUCUUCUCUGGAGAAUGCAUUUCAAAUUGGAGGUUACCCUUGGCAUUAUAUCAUCACACCUAACAAGAAAAAACAUAAAGGAAUCUUCCAUAUUUGUUCUCUGAAAGACAAUGCUUUGGCAAAAAAUGGCAUACAGGAGAUGAAAUGCUGUUCACUGGAACCAGACUGGAUAUACUUCCAUCCAGACAUGUCAGGCAGAAUAAUCCAUGUUGGACCAAAUUUGAUAAAAGUGUUGAAGCUUAAGGAAGAUAAAAAUAACACAGAACAAAUGGAGGUUGCAGAAGAUUUUACAAUAGUGACUAACAGAGAAAACUGUGUGAGCAAUACUGUUACUGUAACAGCUUCUGGUCGAGUGGUGAAAAAGCGUUUUAACUUGCUGGAUGAUGACCCGGAGCAAGAGACAUUCAAAAUCGUGGAUUAUGAAGAUGAAUUGGAUUUGUUAUCCACUGUGGCAGUUACUCAAAUAGGAUCUGAUGGAAGAGCUCACCUUGACAUUCAUUGUAAUGAACAUGGGAUUCUACUUAAGAGUAUUCCAUUACUGGAGUCCUGGGACGUGACUUACAGUCAUGAAGUUUACUUUGACAAAGACCUUGUAUUACAUAUAGAACAGAAGCCUAACAGGAGGUUCAGUUGUUAUGUUUACCAAAUGGUCUGCGAUACUGCAAAAGAUGAUGAAUGUUCAAGCCAUGAAAAAACAGAGAGAGUGUUUUGUAAAAAAGGAGGAAGAAUUUUUGAAUGUAUUUAAGACCUAACAACUACAGAGAUUUCAAUUUGGGUGUUACUUAGGGACUUCACGCAUAUGAAUUAGUCAACUACUGUUUUUCAGGCAGGAUUUAAUAUUUAUAUUUUGUACUACUACAUGAGGUUUUAUUUCGUUUUUACGCUGUAACAUUGUACACUUGUCUGUAGUCCAUAAUAGAUUUUCAUGUAUUCACCAUUUUAUCACUAAUGCUAAAUGCAGCAUUUAUUGCUUCUCUUCAGCAGCUGGAUUUAAGUACUGGACAUCAAGGAGAAAGAUGUGAACCUAAUCAUUUGCCAUAUGCUGCAGUCUGUCUUACGUAGUUUUUCCCAUGCAACUUUAAUACAGACUGUUAUUAAACAAAGUAUUUAAAACUGUAUAGAAUAAAUUUUUAUAUGUAGUA